AGAAGCCUCGGCCGCGCGCCUUUGAGUGGUGAAGCGGGACGAGGGGAAACGACGAAUCGCGCGCGGCGUAAACGGUAGCGGCAGCGGAGCGUAGCGUAGCGUUUGCGUUGUGUGCGCGCGCGCGUGUAUACGUGUCGUGGCCGCCGAGGGUAUAUACACCGGAGCCGGGAGCGACGGCACGCUGCAGCCAGGCCGUGCGCACCGGGAAGCGAGGUAGCGUCGUGUGCCGUCGAUGACGCGCUGCCGCGGCGUUUACGCGCGCUCGUGAGAAGAAGCGGACAGGUGAGGCGGAAGGGCGACCGGAGGAGAAGGAGCGCGUCUCCGUCGCGGACUCGCGAGGCGUCCUCUCGCCGCCGUUGUGUCGCGAUUGUCGUCCUCGUGUGACUCGUGUCCCGUCGUCGUCGUCGCCGCUGUCUUCGUCGUCCUCGGUGCCGAGUAGCGGCCUCGCUGGAGAAUGGCGUCGGACGAGGAGGUGGACGAGAACUUCGCAGGAGAGGAUGACAUGGAGGAGACUGGAGGGCAGGUAUCGAACGUUGGCCAGCAAGUAGAUGGGUCAUCUGACGCUGAGGAAUCUCAAAGACUAGAGGAAGAUGACGAUUACGAGCCAGAAGAGCGAAAGAAGAAGAAGGGAAAGAAACGGAAAGCGCGCAGCGAGGACAAAAAGGGGAAGAAAAAGAAGAAAAAGAAAAAAUCUGAUUCCGGAGAUGAGAGCGAUUUCGGUGGCGGUGAAGCGGGCGACGCGGCUGGCGAGGACAGCGACUAUGCGGUCAACAAGAAGAGCAGGAAAUCGUCGUCCAGAAAGUCCUCCAGCCACAACACGCCGACCACUCAGAGUCAGGAGCCCACUACGGGCAUGCCCACGAUCGAAGAAGUGUGCAAUACAUUUGGCUUGACGGACGUACAAAUUGAAUAUUCGGACGCCGAUUUCCAGAACUUGACGACGUACAAGCUGUUUCAGCAGCACGUCAGACCGCUCUUGGCGAAAGAGAAUCCGAAAGUGCCAAUGUCGAAACUUAUGAUGCUGGUGGCAGCCAAGUGGCGCGACUUCUCGGAAUUAAAUCCGCAUACGCAACCAGACGCGGACGUCUCGUCCACGAAUGUGGACGAUGACAGUAGGAACGCUAGGACAAAUCGGAGUGGUGCUAUGCAAGAAGCCGAGGAUGAGGAGGAGGAUGAUGAGGACAGCGACAGGAAGAGAAAAUCUCGAGGCUCGAGGGCGAAGAAGGGGAAGAAGGCGUCGAAAGUACCGACGCUUAAGAUUAAGCUUGGCAAACGUAAACGAGGCAGUUCGGACGAAGAAGCGGAAGGUAGUGCCGCCGGUUCCGCGGCGGAUUCGGACAUGGAGUUCGAGCAGAUGCUGGCCGACGCCGAGGAGACUCCCAAUGCUGAGGGUAACAAGGGCAAUGUUGAAGAGAGCGGGGUGGAGCCGCCGGCUGAACCGCCAGUUCGAAGAAAGGCGAAAACUAAAAUCGGCAACAAGACCAAGAAAAAGAAGAAGACAAAAACGACCUCCAAGUUCCCGGAUGGAGAGGAAGGUCUCCAGACUGACCAUCAGGAUUACUGCGAAGUGUGUCAACAAGGUGGCGAGAUCAUAUUGUGCGACACUUGUCCCAGAGCGUACCAUUUGGUGUGCUUAGAGCCCGAAAUGGAGGAGACACCCGAAGGGAAAUGGAGUUGUGCUCAUUGCGAAGGAGAAGGUAUUGCAGGUGCAGCGGAGGAUGACGAUGAGCAUAUGGAGUUCUGCAGGGUGUGCAAGGAUGGCGGAGAGUUAUUAUGCUGCGACAGUUGUACAAGCGCGUAUCACACGCAUUGUCUGAAUCCUCCUCUAUCAGAGAUUCCUGAUGGCGAUUGGAAGUGCCCUAGAUGCUCUUGCCCGCCAUUGAGAGGAAGAGUUGCAAAGAUACUAACCUGGAGAUGGAAAGAGUGCUCAGAUACUCCGUCGGAAGAGCCUUCCACGAGUAAGGCUGCACCUAAGCAAAGGAAAAUGCGUGAAUUCUUUGUCAAGUGGGCGGAUAUGUCUUACUGGCAUUGCGGUUGGAUAACAGAACUGCAGCUUGACGUUUUUCAUCCUCUUAUGUACAGGAAUUAUUACCGUAAAUAUGACAUGGAUGAACCACCGAAGUUGGAGGAGCCAUUGGAUGAAAGUGAUACUCGUGUGAAGCGUUUGAAGGAGCAAGACGGUGCCACCAACAGGGACGAGUACAAUUUGGAGGAACGUUUCUAUCGUUAUGGUGUGCGUCCGGAGUGGCUGGUGGUUCACAGGGUGAUCAAUCAUCGAUUGCAAAGAGAUGGCAGGGCCACGUAUCUCGUCAAGUGGAGAGAACUCGGUUACGAUCAAGCGACAUGGGAGGACGAACACGCGGAUAUCCCUGGUUUGAAACAGGCUAUAGAGUAUUACUUAGAUCUCAGAGCUGCAAACUGUUGUGACGUUAGCUCGUCGCGUAAAGGGAAGAAAGGUAAAGGUAAGAAAUCGAAGACACGCGAAUUGAUUGACGACGAGGAGAGGACUCCGAAACGAUACACGCCACCGCCGGAUAAACCUACGACGGAUCUCAAAAAGAAAUACGAGAGACAGCCGGAGUAUUUGGAUCAAACCGGAAUGCAAUUGCACCAUUAUCAGUUAGAGGGUUUAAAUUGGUUGAGAUAUUCGUGGGGCCAAGGCAUCGAUACAAUUUUGGCCGACGAGAUGGGUCUGGGAAAAACCAUUCAGACUAUAACAUUCUUAUAUUCCUUGUAUAAAGAAGGCCACUGCAAAGGGCCCUUUUUGGUCUCCGUUCCCUUGUCUACCAUCAUCAAUUGGGAACGUGAAUUCGAGACUUGGGCACCUGACUUCUACUGUGUUACUUAUGUGGGUGACAAAGACAGCCGUAUUGUGAUUCGUGAAAACGAAUUGUCAUUCGAAGAGGGUGCCGUGCGUAGCGGACGCGCCUCCAAAAUUCGGUCGUCCUUGAUUAAGUUUAACGUCUUACUUACAAGCUAUGAACUUAUCUCGAUAGAUUCGGCAUGUUUAGGCUCCAUCGAUUGGGCCGUUUUAGUCGUAGACGAAGCUCACAGAUUGAAGUCUAAUCAAUCGAAAUUCUUUAGAUUAUUAGCCUCUUACAAUAUUGCGUAUAAACUUUUGCUAACUGGUACUCCGUUACAAAAUAAUUUGGAGGAACUGUUCCACUUAUUGAAUUUCUUGUGUCGCGACAAGUUCAACGAUCUAGCAGCGUUCCAAAACGAAUUUGCGGAUAUCUCGAAGGAGGAGCAAGUUAAAAAGCUGCACGAGAUGCUUGGUCCACAUAUGUUGAGGAGAUUGAAAGCUGAUGUAUUGAAGAACAUGCCUAGCAAGUCUGAAUUUAUUGUACGUGUCGAAUUGUCACCAAUGCAGAAGAAAUAUUACAAAUACAUAUUAACGAGGAACUUUGAGGCUCUCAAUCCGAAAGGAGGUGGUCAGCAAGUGUCAUUAUUAAACAUAAUGAUGGAUCUCAAGAAAUGCUGCAAUCAUCCGUACUUGUUCCCCGCUGCAUCGCAAGAAGCACCAACUGGACCAAACGGAAGUUACGAGACGUCAGCUUUAAUUAAAGCAGCAGGCAAAUUGGUCCUGUUGAGUAAAAUGCUCAAGAAACUGCGGGACGACGGACAUCGAGUUCUUAUAUUUUCUCAAAUGACCAAGAUGUUAGAUAUCCUCGAGGAUUACUUGGAGGGUGAGGGAUACAAGUAUGAAAGAAUAGACGGUAAUAUAACGGGUGCGCAGCGUCAAGAAGCCAUCGAUAGAUUUAACGCUCCUGGUGCCCAACAGUUUGUUUUCUUGCUUUCUACGCGUGCUGGUGGUUUAGGUAUUAACUUGGCAACGGCAGAUACUGUGAUUAUUUACGAUUCCGAUUGGAAUCCGCACAACGAUAUCCAAGCGUUUAGUAGAGCUCAUAGAAUAGGUCAGGCCAACAAAGUUAUGAUCUAUCGAUUCGUCACACGUAAUUCCGUGGAAGAAAGGGUAACGCAAGUAGCUAAGCGCAAAAUGAUGCUCACUCAUUUGGUUGUGCGACCAGGCAUGGGUGGCAAAGGCGCCAACUUCAGUAAACAGGAGCUUGAUGAUAUUUUACGUUUCGGUACGGAGGAAUUAUUCAAGGAAGAGGAGGGUAAGGAAGACGAAGCUAUACAUUACGACGACAAAGCCGUCGCCGAAUUACUGGACAGAAGUAAGGAGGGUAUUGAGCAGAAGGAGAAUUGGGCUAACGAGUACUUAAGUUCCUUCAAGGUCGCCUCGUACGUAACAAAGGAAGGUGAAACGGAAGAAGAAGCCGAUACGGAGAUAAUUAAGCAAGAAGCGGAGAAUACAGAUCCGGCAUAUUGGAUCAAGCUGCUUAGACAUCAUUACGAGCAACAGCAGGAAGAUAUCGCUAGAACACUUGGGAAAGGUAAACGAGUACGAAAACAAGUUAAUUACACGGAUGGAGGUGUGACCGGUGACCAAGGCGCAAGAGAUGAUCAGCCAUGGCAGGAGAAUUUGUCAGACUAUAAUAGCGACUUCAGCGCGCCCAGUGACGACGACAAGGAGGACGAUGAUUUCGACGAGAAGGGUGAUGGGGACUUGCUCUCUCGCAGAAGUAGAAGACGACUGGAGAGACGCGACGAAAAGGAUAGACCUCUGCCACCUCUACUUGCCAGAGUAAAUGGAAAUAUCGAGGUUCUAGGUUUUAAUGCUAGACAACGGAAAGCAUUCCUCAAUGCAAUUAUGCGUUACGGGAUGCCACCUCAAGACGCUUUCAAUUCUCAGUGGUUGGUGCGCGAUCUGCGUGGCAAGUCCGAGAAGAAUUUCAAAGCCUAUGUUUCUCUUUUCAUGCGACAUCUCUGCGAACCAGGUGCUGACAAUGCAGAAACAUUCGCCGAUGGUGUUCCGCGAGAAGGUCUCAGUCGGCAGCAUGUAUUAACGAGAAUCGGCGUCAUGUCUUUGAUUAGAAAGAAGGUGCAGGAAUUCGAACACAUCAACGGCUAUUAUUCGAUGCCGGAAAUGAUACGCAAACCAGUAGAGCCCGUCAAAGUUGGAGAGACAGUUGGAGAGGUAGCGACUGGUACUAGUAGCACCAGUGCUACCCCAGCCACUUCGAAUGCUCCAAGCCCAAGCCCUGCUGCCACGCCAACUCCGACUUCUACCUCUGGUACAGGCAACGAGACUAACAAAGCGAAUUCUGAUUCAUCCGAAGUUAAGGAAUGUAAGGAUGAAGCAAAGGAUAAAGAGACUGGUGAUGCGAAGGACAUAAAGGAAGAGCCAAAGAGUUCUAAAGAGGAAGAGGAAGUGAGUUCCGAGAAAGAUAAGGAGAAGGAGGACUUGAAGAAGGAAGAAAAAGAUGCUGAAACGGAGACUGCGGACAAGGAGAAGGACAAAUCUGACGUAAAAGACGAGAAACCUGUAGUGAAACACGAUGAUAAAGUGGAGACCAGCGAGAAUAAGAAAACUGAACCAGAAGAGGAUGUUGUUAUCGUUAAAGAUGACGAAGAAGAAGUGGAGAAGCGAGAGGAAAAGGAUAACAAAGAGAAGGAUGUCAAGGAGUGUGACACAGAAGUGAUGAAGCCUAAGCGUAAAUUUAUGUUUAACAUAGCCGACGGUGGUUUUACGGAAUUGCAUACGCUUUGGCUGAAUGAAGAAAAGGCCGCAGUACCGGGCCGCGAGUAUGAUAUCUGGCAUCGUCGACACGAUUACUGGCUCUUGGCCGGUAUUGUCACGCAUGGUUAUGGACGCUGGCAAGAUAUCCAAAAUGAUAUUCGGUUUGCAAUUAUCAACGAGCCGUUCAAAAUGGACAUGGGAAAAGGCAACUUUUUGGAGAUAAAGAAUAAAUUCUUGGCAAGGCGCUUUAAACUCUUAGAACAAGCUUUGGUAAUCGAAGAACAGUUGAGGCGGGCUGCCUACUUGAAUCUCACGCAGGAUCCUAAUCAUCCCGCCAUGAGUCUUAACGCGCGAUUCGCCGAGGUUGAAUGUCUUGCUGAGUCUCAUCAACAUCUUAGCAAGGAGAGUCUUGCUGGUAACAAACCAGCGAACGCGGUGUUGCAUAAGGUGUUAAAUCAACUGGAAGAGUUGUUGUCUGAUAUGAAAUCAGAUGUGAGUCGUUUGCCAGCAACUUUGGCUCGCAUCCCACCAGUCGCUCAGAGACUCCAGAUGUCGGAGAGGUCAAUAUUGAGUCGUCUGGCAGCCACGGCACCCGGUGGUACUAGUUCUCAGACUGGACAGGCUGCGUUAUUGGCACAGCAGUUUCCAGCCGGAUUCUCCGGAGGACAAUUACCAGCCUCCUUCGCGGGCGCUGUUAAUUUUGGGAACUUUAGACCGCAAUACUCAGUUCCGGGGCAACCACCGCAAGGUUUCACAGCCUGAAUGUUAAGUGUUGGAACACAGUGGCUCAAACAAGAACUCAAAAUAGCGCAAAUUGAACUGUCUCG